AGUGAAAAUUCUCCGUCUCCCUCGUUCGAACCCGAGACCCUAUAACCCUCUGCUCAAUUAGUAGUUACAAUUUUGGAAAACAAAGCGGCGUUUUUACUUUCUCCCAAUCCAAAACAAAUUUACCCAAACCCAAUUCUUCACAUCACAUAAAAACCAAAAAAUAGAGUAAACCUUUCCUCACCUAACAAGCAAAAGAUCUCGUUUUUAUCAAAUUCCAAUUCAGUUCAAUUCAAUUCAAUUAGCAGUUGCAAUGUCAGGUGUAUCACUGAAGUGUGGUGAUUGUGGAACUCUCUUCAAAUCCGUAGAAGAAGCACAAGAACACGCCGAAGUUACUUCCCAUGCCAACUUCAGUGAGUCCACUGAAGCCGUCCUUAAUCUCGUCUGCACCGCUUGUGGCAAGCCUUGCCGCUCCAAAACGGAGAGUGAUCUCCACACCAAGAGAACUGGGCACACAGAGUUUACGGACAUGACAGCAGAGGCAGUGAAGCCAAUCAGCUUGGAGUCGCCAAAGGCAAAGGCUGAUGAUGAUGAAGACAUGGCAGAGGGUGGUGAUGACAGUGGUAAUGAAAUGGUUGUUCCUGAAGUAGACCAAAAUGUGCUAUCAGAACUCGAGGCAAUGGGAUUUCCCAAAGCUAGGGCUAUCCGUGCACUCCACUUUUCUGGCAAUGCCAGCUUGGAGGCUGCUGUAAAUUGGGUUGUAGAGCAUGAAAGUGACCCAGACAUAGAUGAAACACCACUGGUACCUGCCAGUGCCAAGAAAGCUGAGGCUCCAAAGCCUUCUCUUACUCCAGAGGAAAUAAAGAAGAAACAAGAAGAGUUGAGGGAGCGUGCUCGUAAGAAGAAAGAAGAGGAAGAGAGACAAAGGGAAAGAGAGAGAGAAAAGGAAAGAAUUAGAAUUGGUAAGGAACUCCUGGAAGCAAAACGGAUGGAAGAAGAGAAUGAAAGAAAACGUAUAAUAGCAUUGCGCAAGGCCGAAAAAGCGGAAGAACAACGAGCUAGGGAGAAAAUUCGUCAGAAACUGGAAGAAGAUAAGGCCGAAAGAAGAAGGAAACUGGGUUUGCCAGCAGAAGAUCCUGCUCCCCCCAAACCUUCUACACCUGUUGUGGAGGAAAAAAAGAUCACAUUGCCUGUCAGACCAGCUACAAAGGCAGAGCGGAUGAGGGAGUGCCUGAGAACACUUAAACAGACCCACAAGGAUGAUGAGACCAAAGUCAAGACCGCUUUCAACACACUGCUAACUUAUGCAAAGAAUGUCGCAACAAAUCCCAAUGAGGAGAAAUAUCGCAAAAUCAGACUUAGCAAUGCUGCUUUUCAGGAUAGAAUCGGCAAGCUGCAAGGAGGCAUUGAGUUUCUUGAGCACUGUGGAUUUGAGAAAAUUGAAGGGGGUGAAUUCUUGUACCUGCCAAGAGAAAAGGUGGACAUGGCAGUGCUUAAUACUGCUGGAACUGAGUUGAACAAUGCAAUUAAAAAUCCCUUCUUUGGAGUCCUCUAAUCUUAAAAUACAUUAGAUCAAGCGAAUAGUAAAAAGAAUGCUUCGUCCAACUCUUCUCCCUUUGUUUAUUCAAGGUACUUUAGUUAUAUAAACGGAAACUGUAAAAGCUACUAUGAGGUCGAUAGAUGGAUGUUCCCUUUUGAACUUUUUUUUAAUCUAUAAGUUGAAGGAUUAUGGUCAUUUUGAAACUUGAUGUCCUUGGAAUUUGGAAACGACGGAAAUAUGUAUGAUAAAUGUCAGGUUCAUGGUUGGAUGUA